AUGAAAAAUAUUAAAGUAUUUUCUUUCUUUCAGAAUGUCGGAUGCAACCGGGAACCUGAAGACAGUUGGUGCCCUUAUCACCAACAAAGCCUAUUUCAAAUCAGACAGGUCGGAAAACCAGGAGAUUUGAUCACACCAAUUUACUCCGAAAGAUCGGUAUUGGUUGAAGGCACAUCUACGAUCAAACUGACGUACCAAUCCAAAACACGAUUAGAGAUAAAAACAGAAAUCUUGAAUUCAACGCAAAGCCGUCAUUUCCGCGUUCAAGAAGACGACUCAAUGAUCAAAUGUACAGAUAAGAGUUGUACCACAUCGAUCGAGGCAUCACCUAAGUAUAAAUUCUGUUCUGAAUCUGGAACUAAUCAAGAGUUUGUGUAUGUUAAAGUCACUAUCGGAAACUUAAGUCAACCAGCUUUGAUCAAGUACCACGUCGCUUGUGCGUGCGAAUGCAGCACAGAUGUUGGCCCGCCAAAUUUUUGCAGUGGACACGGCAACUAUUCAUGUGGCGCUUGCAAGUGUGAAGAUGGAUGGAAGGGCGAAAGAUGCAACCAAGAAGACUGUCCAGAGCGAGGCGAUACCAUUCCGUCGUGUAAGAGCUCUAUUGACGAUCUGGACUGUUCAGGCAAUGGCUACUGCGAUCAUUGCAACAUGUGCCACUGCAAUAUGACCCUAGAAGGAUCCCAGUACUUCGAACAAGACUUAUGCAGCGAUCUUUGCAUGACCGUCAACGAGUGCUCCGACUGCACCGACUGCAUUUACAACAGCACGAUAUCUCAAUGUGACAUUGCCGCCUUCCCUAGCUAUACGAAUGUGAACGUUCUAAGUAAGAACGAAUCGUUAUUGAAUGAAACAGAUUCCAAUAAUAGAAAGAUGUGGGUGAAGUGCAGUAUGGUGGUGAAAGACUGUAGCAUCAAUUAUAGGGCUAAGAGGGAGGAAGAUGGCGAGGUGUAUGUAAUGGUGAUGGAGUCGUGUAACGAUAACAAUACUGGAGCCUACACUGCGGCACCUACAGUGUCAAUAGUCCUGGGUGUGCUAGCGGCUGUGGCGGCUCUGGUUGCAGUGGCCGGAGUUAUGAUCUAUAAGCACAUGAAUGCGCUGCCUCCCGUCCCUCUGAAUGGCGUCGGCUACACGGAUAUCGACGCUGUAGACUGCGUGGGACAGAAUCCUCUGUAUAAACCUCCGACGUCCAACUUCAACAAUCCUACAUAUGGCAAGUGGUAA